AUGGAUGGUGAGCUCAGUUUGUUAGACAACUGGUUUUCUGUUAGCAGAUUAAUUAGGCUAUCUUGCAUUGAAAGAUUCAUUGAUGUAUAUAAAUUGAUUCUGUCAGGGAGUGAGGGAAUAAAAAAACAGAGGGAGACAAUCCAAUCGUCCCCUGGCCCACCGUUUCCCAAAACCCAUCCCAAGCCUCAAUCCCCCCCUGCCCCUUACCCCAAUGGUUCUCUUUCCAGCUAA